GGACAGAUCGAAAGGUCACGGGGAGCGAGAGAAACGACCGCGUCGAUUGAAAGACGGUCCGAACGCCGGGGACAACGAUUAGUCUGCGACGAGGAACGUAAUAACGUUGCACGCUUCCUGCCGCGAGGACCACGCCGGCAGGUAUCAUCAACGUCAUCGGCCGUUGCUGCACCUACAAAGAACCGGAAAGGACGAACAAGAUGUCGGGUAGCAAUGAUGACAUGCAACGAAUCGACAUCGAGAAACCCUAUUGGGACCAGAACACCUAUCGGGGAAGGGCGUUGCACUUUCUUUCGGUUACCAACCCUUUGAACCUGUUUGCAAGCAGCGGGCAGCUCGAGACUGCUCGGCAAGUCGUCACCAAGUACAGAAAAGGUAGCAGCCUGCAGCAGUUGGGUAUCACAGAGGACGAGCUAUGGAACUCCAAGUACCUUUACGACAGCGCAUUCCACCCGGACACUGGGGAGAAAAUGCUGCUGAUCGGUCGUAUGAGCGCCCAGGUGCCGAUGAACAUGAUGAUAACCGGGUGCAUGAUGACGUUCUACAAGACAACGGCACAUGUGAUUACCUGGCAGUGGGUUAACCAGUCGUUCAACGCCAUAGUCAAUUACACGAACCGCAGCGGAUCCAGCCCGAUUCCUACGAACACUAUCCUCCAGAGCUAUAUGAUUGCAACAGGAAGUGCGGUGUUGACUGCCCUAUCUCUGAAUCGAUUUUUGCGUAAUGCGUCACCACUUGUGGGUCGACUAGUCCCGUUGGCAGCGGUGGCUUCUGCCAAUGGUGUGAACAUCCCCAUCAUGAGAAUUUCGGAGCUUCGAGAUGGCAUCGAACUGCAGACGGAGGACGGCGUGAAGGUUGGCAAUAGCAGAUACACUGCUUUGAAGGCUAUUAAUGCUGUGACCUUUUCGCGAAUCCUUAUGGCUUCGCCGAGCAUGGUAUUGGCGCCUCUGGUAAUGAAUUAUUUGGACCGGCGACAAAUGUUACGCAACGCCCGAUGGGCCGCGAUGCCCAUACAGGUUGCAAUUUGUGGAGUGUGCCUAACUUUCGCCACACCCCUAUGCUGUGCAAUAUUUAUCCAACGGGUUCCCAUUUCGGUAAAGGAAUUGGAAUCGGAAGUGCAGGAGCAGAUACGCUCGAGCCAUCCGAACGUAGAAACGGUGUAUUACAAUAAAGGUCUCUGAACGACUGAAAAGACUGAUGAUGACAAUGAGAAGAGAUCGAUGGCGGGCUCGUGGUUCUUGUGAGGUCGCGAGCGACUUUAUGUGCGGAAUCCAAGGAAUUCAAGGGAGACUACGGAAAGAGUCAAUGAUUUAGAGGUAUCGUCCAGGAACGUGUGACGAUAACAAUAAAACCUGUACAAUAAAGGAUCCAUUUAUUCUA